GGUAUCACUGACUCGGUGGUGGUGGUGUAGUGACUCCUAAUUGAUGCCGAGACGCGCCAGGGGACCAUCGCCCCCACCACUCUGUCCCGGCCAGUUGGCAUUGUGACCUCCAGGACAGAAAGCGUGGGAGAGUUCUUAGUGUGCCUGUGGAAAGCGGGGUAGGUGCACCUCGUGGCCAUGGCAGAUUGUUAUAUUUAAUGACCGCCAACAGAGGUUCUGUAGGAAAAGUUAGAAACUAAGCAGUCCAGUCUUGCAGAGGCCUCCCGCGGCACCGAACAUGCUGGGCAGAAGGAAAGCCAAGGGGGACUGCCUGAACCUGGGCACAAAAGAGGAAUUGGAGGUGACGGGCUACAGGAGUGACCGGUUGAAGCUAGGGCUGACGGUGGUGGCGACGGUACUGUCUGGAGGCCUCCUGCUGCUCCUGCUGACGUGGCGCCCUUCCAUCAGACUUGCCUUCACGCACCGACGUUGCUCUCUCAGGGACGCAAACAGACUACUCAUCAAGGACAUCUACAACCAGUUGUGGGAGGAGGAGGUGGUGCGGGACGGUGAGCAUCUGUAUUUCAUCAACAGAAAGCUAAAGUAUGUGUGGGACGAUGCCACCUGCACCUUCGUCAGGCUGCGGCCGACGGAUCACGCGCCCACCUUCUCCACUUUCCACAAUGGAGCGGCGGGCCUGACAGGGAAGGAAGCUGUCCGGCGCCACGAACUCUUCGGGGAGAACUUCAUGAAGAUCGAUGUUCUCUCCGUGUGGCAACUCCUCAUCCAGCAGGCCAUCAACCCGUUCUACAUCUUCCAAGUGUUCACGGUGAUUCUGUGGUGCAUCCAGGACUACUACGUAUACUCCUCCUGCAUCGUCACCCUCUCUGUUAUUUCCAUCUCCAUCAUGGUGUGGGAGACUCGAAGGCAAAGUAUUGCAUUGCGGGAGACCGUGACGUCACAGUCUGAGAUGACGGUUAUUCGGGAUGGCAAGCGAGCGGUUCUGUCAUCGAGGGACGUGGUGCCUGGGGACGUGGUGCUCGUGGACAGCGUCACCACCCGGUUGGAGGUUGACGCUGUUCUGCUGCACGGGACUGUCAUCACCAAUGAGGCGAUGCUGACCGGCGAGUCGCUUCCAGUCACCAAGGUGGCAGUGCCCUUGGAGGAUGACGCGCUUUUCUGCGAGGAGGAGCACAAACACCACCUGUUGUACAGCGGCACGCAGGUGUUGCAGGUGCGAGGUGCAUUAGAGGUCCCUGCCAUUGUCAUCAAGACGGGUUUCUACACGGCACGCGGGGAACUAGUGCGCUCCAUUCUGUUCCCGAAGCCCACAGACUUCCAUUUCUACAAGGACUUAAUGAAAAUGUUAUCCAUUUUUCUCCUACUGGGUUGUGCUGCAAUGGGCUGGAGCUUUUACAAGAAGAGUUCGCAAGGGAACACAUUUUGGGUUACCCUGGUGUACUCCCUGGAUCUCGUGACCUUUGUUGUGCCUCCCCUGCUGCCUGCCACCCUCACUGCUAUCAAUGUCUGGGCACAGCAGAGACUCAAGAAAAAGAAAGUAUACUGCCUUUCCUCGAACUACAUCUCCCAGGCUGGCUCAGUGGAUCUAGUGUGCUUUGACAAGACUGGAACCCUGACUGAGGAGGACCUGGACCUGGCAGGGGUGAUGCAAUGCUCUGGGAGUGACCUUAAGCCACCACAGGAAGACCUGACACACUUGCCACCUGGUGAGCCACUGACUAAAGCCCUGGCCACCUGUCACUCUCUAGCCCUUAUUGAUGGCAAACUGAAAGGCUCCCCUCUGGAUGUGAAAAUCUUCACUGGUAUAGCUUGGGAGGGCAGGGUUGUUGGCCAUUCACUCCUGCAUGACCUCUCGCAUAUGCAGGAUGAUAGGAUUGUUGGUCAUCUGUUCCCACAAGACCACAUACACACACAGGAAGGCAGGAUUACUGGUCAGCAACUCCUGUCUGACAACAAGGCUUUACAAGAACCAACGAACACCAAGAAUACAGACUAUGGGAUGGAGGCCCAGUUACUAGUCUGGCCACAAGCUGCAAAUGAUGCAGACCAUAAUCAGUAUGAGGUGGCCAUCCUCAGGAUAUUCCCAUUUGAGUCCAGUGAACAACGCAUGACAGUGGUUGCCAAGGCCAAGAUGAAUACCAGCAUAGAAGUCUUCAUCAAGGGAGCUCCAGAAAGGGUGGCAACACUUUGCAGUCCAAAUACAGUUCCUGAUCUUCUGGAGGCAGCUGUGGGCUGGUACACCCACCAAGGCCUGCGUGUGUUGGCUGUUGCUGGCAAAACAUUGGAAGGACACACAUGGGACCAGGUGAAGAUUCAGCCUCGGGAGGAACUGGAGAAAAAUGCAACCUUCCUCGGCUUGGUGCUGCUGCAGAAUAAACUAAAGGUGGAGACACCCCCUGUCCUGGCCACACUUCAUAAUGCACACCUCACACCUGUCAUGGUUACAGGAGACAGUCUCCUCACUGCACUCAGUGUGGCUCAGCAGAGUGGCCUGGUGUUGCCCGGCCACCAGAUCAUCAUAGUCAAGGCCAUGAUGGAAGCAAGUUCAUCCAAAGCAGCACAGCACCUCAAAGUUUUCUACUAUGAUGCAGAUCAAACAAAAAGUCUGAAAAAUCAAAAGCUGAUGCCAGUACGAAGUGACAACUAUGUACUGGCCACAGAUGGGGAGACCUUUGACUUGCUUGCAAGCGCCCAAGAUAAGUCUACAUUUUACCGAGUGCUACAUAAGGGUCGUGUCUUUGCCAGAAUGAAGCCAGAUCAGAAGAUCACAGUGGUAGAGACUCUUCAACACUUGGGGCAUCAUGUUGCAAUGUGUGGUGAUGGGUGCAAUGACUGUGGGGCACUGAAGGCAGCAGAUGCUGGGAUUUCCUUGUCAUCUGCUGAGGCAUCAGUGGCUGCUCCAUUCACAUCCCGACAGGAGAAUAUUACCUGUGUGCCUGUGCUGAUCAGGGAGGGAAGAGCCGUGCUGGUGUCCAUUUUCUCCACCUUCAAGUACAAUGUGGUGGCCACCUUUGGGGCACUCCUGUGUGUCAUGUGGAACUUUGAGGUCAAUACUGAGCCGUCUGAUGCCCAGUAUGUGAUCAUGGACCUGAUGCUGAUGACUGUGCCGCCCCUCGUGAUGGGCUGCACACACGCUGCUCCUAACCUCAGCACAAAGCGGCCCCAUCACCGCAUCCUAAACUUCAUCACCAUAGUCUCCAUUUUCUCCUACAUUGCAUUCCAGUUCACAGUGUACUGGGGAAUGCUGACUUACCUCCGCAUGCAGUCUUGGUUUGUGCCGCUGGUGCCUCACGAAAACAUUUGGCCACCAGAAAAGUCCUAUGAGAAUACGAUCUUGAUAUUAGUUUGCUUCUACUUCUUGGUUAUUGGAGUGUUUGUGUUUUCUCAUGCUGCUCCCCAUCUGAAGCCCAUCUACACUAACUAUGUUUUGACUAUUCAUCUAGUUCUUGCUUCUGCAUUUUGCCUCUUCCUCAACUUCUACACUGGGCAGUGGUAUUUGGAUUUACUGAACUUGAUGCUAAUUCCUGAUGCUGGGUUUGCUGGCACUUUGUUCUUCAUCAUGUGUAUCAUCUUAGUUGGCUGCUUUGUGUGGGAGAGAUGGUUGCUAUAUGGCGUGCUGGACAAGUACAUCAUGCCUUUCUUCUUGAGACACUGUGGGAAAAAACAUCUCUAUGUGAAAAUAGAGGAAGAACUUAAGAACAAUUCAGAAUGGCCAGUCCUCACAGAAGCUCCAGAUUAUGAAGAUGAGCUAACAUGUGCUGCAGAAGAGAAACUGAUGGAUGGAAUGACAUUUGGAGGUGAAGAAUAUGAUGAUGAUGAUGAUGUUGAGAAGGCCAUGUUUGUCCGUAAGCUGACUCGUCGGCACCGGUUCAAUGCAACUGUUACACAUAUCUCUGAGAAUAAGCGCAACAGUCACUCCUCCUCUGAAGCUGCCACUGCCACCACCACUGCCACUACCACUGCUGCCUCCCUCAGUAAUGAUGGACCUCAGGAUGAACACAAGCCUCUCGUCACCCAAAACAGUGGGGGAUACAGAGAGCCAUGGGAUAGCGUUCCCUUCAGUGAAGAGAGUGAACAUAGGAAAAGUUUCAACCAGAGUGUGAGGCACCAGUUCAUGAAGGGCACUGGUGGUGGUUUCAGGACAUUCAAAGGCAGCAUAAAGAGGCAGGCAGGUUAUGACGAGAGUGCUGCACAGCCUUAUGAAGUGGUUCCUCUCUCUGGUUACAAUGAGGGUCACCAAGAAGCUGUAUAUUCAACAAUAUCUGAGAUUCCCCCAAGUGACUACAAACAGCCCUAUGAAGCAACAGAUAAUCCCAAGCAAGAAAGGCAGGAGACUGAAGAAUCCAAAAACGAGGUAGGGAUGCAAGAAGAUACAGAGUGGAGGGCAGACAUGAGGGAAAAGGGAGGAUAUGAAGAAAAUAAUCAGAAAGUGAGAGUAGAGACAUUUGAGCACAAGUUUAAAAAUCCUGAUGCAGACAACAAUCAAAGCUUAAUGCAGCAAAUGAGUGUUGCUUGGCGCCAUAUAUCAGGCUCCCCCCUCCUCCCUGCAUGCUCUGAGAGGAAGACAUUUAGAGAAAGUGCUGCAGCAGAGACUUGGUGCAAAGAUUUGUUGUAUGAUGUACCAAAGCCGCCUAGACCUGUGGAACAGCCAUACUCCCCUGCAGGUGAAGGUGCCUCACAGUCCUUUCCUCUCCCUCCUCCAGUGACACCAGGUGAAGUGGAUCCUCAGCAGACUGGUCAGAAAUACAACUGCUGACAUGACAUCAUCUCUAAUAGAAAUGAACACACCCACCUGGACACCUCAAAGUCCAGUUCUCCAGACUCAACUGAUGCAUUCCCUCCAGAGUCCACCAGCUGUGAGUGUUAAAAAAAGUAGAAUAGUGAAUGUUCUCAUUUACUAACUUUCACAUGGGUGAAUGAAUUUUCUAGACUCUAACUCAAUCUCUUAUAAUGUACCUUAUCCAUAGUACGCAAGAAGAUUCUGUAUGUGUUGCUAAAAAUGGCAAAAUCAUCAGCUACUGUAUUGAGUCUUGUGUAGUGGGAUAAAUAGAACAAAUAAGGCAAUGAGUAAGUAUAGCUGCAUUAUUGAAUACCAACAUACUUACUCGAAUAUAUGCCUGAGCAUAACUUCCUCCAGGAAACUGAGAAAUGGUCCAGGUAAUGGUCUUGUUAUCUGGAGAAAAGGUGACAGUCUGGUCACGGGGACCAGAUGUCCUUGACAUGAUGGCUGCAGUGGUGGGCGGGGCAGACACGUGGAAAGUCACGUGAGGGGACACAGUUCCCAUUCCUGUGUUGCUCACUAACUUGAGCUUGAGCUCUGCAUCACUGUAGGAGAAAGAAUAUUGCCAAAAUCUAAAUAGUAUGGUUACUGCAAUUUGUAUAAAAUAUACUGAAUAAAUUACAUGUGUAAUUUACACAUAAAUCUUGAUAAACAAUUCUUUAUGAAGUAAAAGUGAAAUCAAGAGUAUUAAAAAGGAAAAUAAGAAACAACAGUAAACCAUAAAAUAAACACCAGCAAGAAGAACCCACUUAUCUUGUACUAAUUACCUUGGAGUGAGAGCUGCAGUGGAGCCAGUGAGAGUGAAAGGUAGAAGGUGGGGAUGGUCAGGGGCUAGAGUGUAGCGGGCAAUGGUCAUUUCCUGGCCAGGUACUGUCAUCACACUCACCUUGCGACCACCAUCACCAACAUUUAUACCUGAGCCAAACUCUACCUCAGACAUUCUCGUUCCUGUGGAAAACCCUGUGGAGCAAAGCACUUUAACUACUCCAGCACUCUCCAUCCCUCUCAUACUCCUAUUCCUCACACAAAAAGGUGGGUGGUUUUUCUACUUUUGGAAGGUAAAUGAGGGCUGUAGCAUGGAAAGGAAAAAACUUAAAUUGUUUCCAUCUGGCUAAAGAUUUGAACCCUCAACCUCUUGGAUGUAAGCCAAGUGUGCUAACCAACUGUCAAUGGAUUUUGCUGGUAAUUGUGGUUUGAUUUUUAUUUGAGUCAGACUGAUAAAUGAGACAAGUGUUUAUUAUGGUAAUAAUUUAAGGAAAACUACUUAUAAAACAAAGAGCUUAACCACUGACAAAAGUAUACACACCUUCUUGUGGGAGUGUGGAGAGUGAAGUGUUGAGGGACAGGGCCAGGGUUGGGUUGCCAGGAAGGAAGCACCGCACCUGGAUGGAACCCGUGACCUCUGCCCUGAUGACUGUGCCUUCAGCAGAUACUGAUGCCCACACCUUUUCUACCACAUCUACAUACAGCUGCCAGUGAGGACACAAAUAUUAGUUGUUAAGUCUACAUCUUGUAUAAAUAGGAAUUUCAGGAAUGAAUACUGCCAUUUGGUUUCUUCAUCAGAAGUAUACAGACCAAGAAACCAAAGUACAUAUCAACUGCAGAAAUAUAUUAUAGAUGAUACAAAAUAACUGUAAUAGUCAAAGUCUUCUUUUUCAUAUAUAUAUAACUGCAGGAAAAAUGUCAUACUAGGACUUUCCCUCUGCUCUGUAGAAAUCCUGCUGUGUGGUGUACUAGUCAUAAUUAUACAUAGCCAUUUUCUGAGACUGCUCAUUGAAAGCUCUGAUGAAUUCUAGAUCCAUGACCACCACACAGGCAGAAGACAUCAUGCUCUCUGAGUGUCUGGCCUUACCUUAACUUUGAUUGUAUUCUGGCCAUAAUUUGAGUCUAAUGUUUCUCAUUGCAUACUUCAUAAUGGCUUCAGGCAUAGUGAAAGAAACAAAAAAAAGCUCAUAUUUUUGUAAAUGGAGUUUAAUCAGCUUUGACAGUCUCACCAUCAGUUAUGUACUACAUACCUUAUCUGGUAUACAGCUUCAUGUUCAAGCUGAGGACCUACUAUUUGCUGGCUCAUCCUGCAGAGUAACCCUAAGUCUUAAACAUCUACAGUCACAAUAAAUAGUCACUUCAAAGUUAUUAAAAAAUAUCACUGAGUACCAGUAAACAUACCUCCCGUUUCCCUGUGUCAACAAUAAGUGAAGACUGUUGAGCAGCUGUGCCAGGUGCAGAUUUCUCCAGCCCAAACUGUAAAUCACAAGCAUGAGCUAAACUCUUGUACAUAAGCAAAGGUGGCAUCUAGGAAAGAAAAUGCAUCUUAGGAGAAAUAAUGAGAGGAAGGGACAGAAAUGCAUAUGACAAAGCAUUCAGGUAGCACAUCACCCAACUGUGCAUGGUCAGUAACAUAAAUGUAAGAUGAACUUCAGCAAGGAAUUCAUGCCCUAGCUUAGGGAAACAUGCAUCAAUACUAACAAGCCCAGGGGUAGAGAUGACAGCUGAACUCUCCUUGGCUGCUACAACUCUGCUGUAUAUGUGGGAUUGUAGCUUAUCUGGUGUCUGUAGCUGCAGGAAGCCUCCAUUCUGCAGGAAGAUUAAUAUUUAGGAAGAAUUCUUUAUAUUAGUUUACUGCAUUUCAAAACCUCUAAUGCACUAUUUUGCACCAAGGAAUCAAACCUAGGAUAAAUAGCUAUUCUAUUGCUCUAUAUAAAAUCUUUCAAUUUCCUAAUGAAAACUCAUUAUAUGCAAGUCUGUUACAUCAAAUACACUAAAAGUUGUAAAUAAUCAAAUACAUUAUUAUUUUACUCAGAAACAUUUAUUACCAUGCUUUCCUGCACAAUUUCACCAAUAAGCGUUGCAUUGGCUGUUAUGCUGUGCUGAGUCAGGAUGCCACACAAUCCAGAGCAGACCCGGUGCAGCUGACCUAGACUUUCUGUGAUCAGGAGCUGUCCACACUGGUGUGUCAGGCUCCCAGAACUCACCACGCCCACCCAGUACAGGUCAUCCCGGAACACAUACACAUAGUCUUGUCCUUCUUUUGUCUAAUAUUUGGAUAAAAAUUAUUGUCACGAGAUAUCUUUUUUUUUAAUUAUGUUGGUUUUAAAUCAAUAAUGUUGGUUAUGCCGCAAAUGAGCUUUUAUCGUAAUUUCUUUUUUAAAUAUAGGUAUAAUUUUUAAAAUGCAAUGAACAUGACAUUGAGCAAUAUAGAUAGGUACUGCUUGUGAGUAAUAAAUUACUCACAAAGGCAGGAGGUGGAUCCCCAUGAGGAGAUGACGACAGCUCAGACAGGAAAGGAUGGAAGACAGCCUUGGUCAAAGUUGGAGCAACUUUUAAGAGUUAAGGACUGAAGAGCAAAAGACUGAUAGCAGAUUAAUUAAAAACGCACCAGAAAUUGUCAGUUUCAUCCUCUAAAUCUGUGAACAUACACAAAGCAAUACUGAACAUACUUCUCACCAACAGACACCAUUUGAAACAGAAUUUACGGUAAAUCUUACCAAUAGCAGAAAUGACACACAUAUCCAUGAGGAACCUUAUGAAAACUGGGAUAUAUAAGACCCGAAGCACAAAGUUAUCUAGAGCUAGCCAUAACACACCCAGCCCAUCCAGCUUCCAUACUGUAGUGUACUGACUGGUCUUAUUAGAUUAUUUGCUACCACUUUAAAAGGAUACAAAUGGUUGAGAAAAGAAUCUCUCCACGUUUACUGGCAAUGCAAAACGCCUUCAACAUCUCUACCUCCUGUUUCCUCUCCCGUCAAGCUGCACCCCCUCAAUCAAGUUCGCCUCUCUCUGGAAUGACACUUUUUUGGACUUGUUCCGCUUUAUAUCUCUUCUUAGGUCGUCAUCAUCUUCUUAGGUUGUCUCUUUGGCUUUAAUCUGAAAUCUAACGCCUACUUUCCCACCACUUAAGUAAUGACACAAGAACUGCUCUUUCAAUGCUAAAUGUAAAUAAAGCAAAUAUCUCAUCCUGAGUUUGGGACUAUUGCAAUGUAUAUUAAAAAGCAUUGUCGAUAUGUAUUUGAGAAUAUAAAUAAAUAAUAAAAAUUUGUAAAAUAAUAAAAAA